AUGACCUCAGAUAACGAUGAGUCUCUCUCAAACGGCGAGUAUCCGCCGCGCGCGGACUUGCGAAAGAUGCUAGAUGAGCAUCCAUUGCCUGUUCUCACCCCGGGAUUAAUAGACCCGGUCACGAUGACUGCUAAUGAAGCGAACAGACAGGCAAAGGCCGUCUUAGACCAAUUCAACAAGGCACUUCUCGCCGAUGAUGCGAAAGAUCUUGAGAACUGCUUCUAUGCUGACCAGGCGUAUUGGAAAGACCAAUUGGCAUUGACUUACCACUUGCGUACAUUCACAACACCCGGUGUAAUUGCUGCCAGUCUUUUGGAAACAAAAGCCCUGAGAGGGCUUGCAGAUGGUAUGGAGAUCGAUAAAUCAGCUAUGUUCCUUCCAGUAACACCCGUUCUGCAAUACAUUCACUGCCCUUUUACUUUCCACACUAGCUCACCGGGUGCUACCUGCAGGGGCAAGAUACUGCUUCUUCCUGUUGUUGAAGCUGGUAGUCAAACGAUCGAUUGGAAGAUUUGGAUAUUGAGUACCAGACUCGAAAGCCUUGAUCUGCAACAUGAGGAUCUGGAACUAUUAAAGUCGCCGAAAGAAGAAUUUGGAAAACUUGAGAGCUAUACGAUUGAUGUUUGCAUUAUUGGAGGUGGAAAUGCUGCGGUUGCUCUAUCUGCCCGUCUCAAGGCCCUCAACGUCACAAGUGUGAUGCUCGAGCAAAAUCCCCAUCCAGGCGAUAACUGGGCUCUUCGCUAUGACUGCAUGCAGUUUCAUAUUCCGACAUCAUACUGUGAACUGCCCUACCUGUCUUAUGACAAGGGGCUCCAAACGCCACAUUUCUUGACUCGCGAUGAGCUGGCCUCACAGAUACGGCGAUACAUAGAAGCGUUUCAUCUCAACACUAUCAACUCGGCACAGAUUAAGUCAACCCAUUACAACAAGAUAGCCGAGAAAUGGGAGAUUAUUUACAGAACUCCUGCUGGACAGCAUAAGGUUACCGCAAGACAGCUUGUCAUGGCGACAGGUAUAGGAUCGCAGAAGCCCAAUAUGCCACAUAUUGCAGAUCGUGAUGUGUAUAACGGUAUUAGCAUCCAUUCGGCUAGAUACAAGAGUGCCAAGCUACUGAAGGAGCAGGGUGCCAAGUCCGUCAUUGUUGUUGGCUCUGCUAAUACAGCUUUCGAUGUACUCGAAGACUGCAAUGCUGCAGGUCUUCAGUCAACAAUGGUCGUCCGAUCUCCAACAUACAUCCUUCCCGUGGACUAUGUCUGUGACAAACUCGCUCUAGGUGCCUACGAUGCUGGCGUCGAGGAAGCCGAUGAUAUCUUCAUGUCAUUACCGGCCUACGUUGAUGGCCAGCUAGUCCGAGGUCUGCUCGCGAUGUUCGCAUCCAAAGAACCCGAGAGAUAUGCUGCCCUUGAAGCAGCAGGGUUCCCCGUCAUCGAUAGCCGUGAUCCAAGUUCAGUUCUAAACCAUUACAUACUAGAGAGAGCUGGCGGUCACUAUAUUGAUGUAGGUGGCACUAAGGUACUGGAAACUGGUCAAGCCGGAGUAAAGGCUAAUGUUGAGCCGGUUGCGUUCACCACCGGCGGCCUUCGAUUUUCAGAUGGCAGCACUGUUGAUGCGGAUGCUGUGGUCUGGUGCACCGGCUUUGUAGUGAAUGUUGGUGAGACUGCGGCUGAGAUUUUCGGAGGAUCAUCUGAUACAAGCGUCAAUGCUGAUGAGAGUGAACAUCUCCUGGGUCCUCUUGAGAUAGCUUCCCGUCUUGAUAGUACGUGGGGUGUGGAUGUCGAGGGAGAAAUCCGUGGAGUGUGGAAGCGCCAUCUCCGACUUGACAACUUCUGGACGACGGGCGGCCAAACCCAGCAACAUCGGUGGCACUCGCGUACACUUGCACUCCAACUUAAGGCUGCCUUGGAGGGUGUUUUGCCGCCAGCUUACCGGAGGACACCCAUUCUGUCCAGGGACUAA